AUGCAUCUUUCUAAAGAAUCGCGCAUUCAGAUGGCUAUUUCAGCUUAUCAGAAAGGCCAGGUUAAAUCAAUUAAACGCGCUGUGGCCCUUUUUGCUGUCCCCGAAAGCACUGUACGCGACCGGCUUCAUGGUGCUAAAUCACGGUCGGAAACACGCGCCAAUGGUCAUAAACUGACCGAAUUCGAAGAGGAAUUACUUCUAAAGCGAUUAUUAGAUGCAGAUACGCGAGGAUUUCCAAUUCGACCCGAAUUUCUACGUGGAAUGGCCCAGGUUUUACUUCGCAGUCGUUUACAAGACCCUACCGCAGCUAUCGGAACUAACUGGCCUUAUAACUUUGUUAAACGCCAUCCUCAGCUCCGUACGCGAUAUACAAGGCGUAUUACCUAUCAGCGCGCAAAGCAGGAAGAUCCAAAGGUUAUAGGCCCGUGGUUUGAGACCGUACGAGCGACUAUUCAAGAACACGGCAUACAUGAAGACGAUAUCUGGAAUUUCGACGAAACUGGCUUUGCAAUGGGAGUCUGCUCUACUUCAAAAGUGAUUACUGCAGUAGAGCGAAGCGAGCGACCGCGCAGAGUUAUUCAGGGCAAUCGUGAAUGGGUUACAAUCAUCGAAACAAUCGGGUCAAGAGGCGUAUAUCUACCGCCAGUCAUUAUAUUAAAGGCAAGCGUUCAACAGGCUGCCUGGUUCCAAGAACCUAAGCUGCCUCGCGACUGGUGGAUUUCUACUAGUCAGAAUGGCUGGACGACUGAUGAAAUAGGCCUUCUCUGGCUGAAAAAUGUCUUUGAACCGCUUUCUAAGCGCUAUAUGACUGGUGCAAAGCGCUUGCUUAUUCUUGACGGCCAUAGUAGUCAUUUGACUGCUGAAUUCGAUGAUUUCUGCAAGCAGAAUGCAAUAAUAUGUCUCUGCAUGCCUGCCCAUACUUCACAUCUUCUUCAACCGCUUGAUGUGGGCGUUUUUGGCCCGCUUAAAGAGGCGUACGGAAAGCUCCUUGAAGACCUUAUGGCUGCUGGCAACAACCAUAUUGAUAAAGAAGACUUCCUAUCGCUAUAUCCGGACGCCCACAAGCAAAUCUUUACUUCGGCCAAUAUCUGCAGCGGCUUUAGAGGAGCAGGGCUUAAGCCGCUUGAUCCAGAGCAUGUUCUUUCCAAGCUUACCUUUCAACUGCGUACGCCUACACCACCACUAGUUGAAGGCUCAGUUUCCUCUGCUUUUCAGACUCCGCAGAAUACUCGCCAGCUGAAUCGAAAGAAAGCGGCAGCUUUCUAG